GCCAGCAGAAGAGACCUGGCUCGCUGGCCGUCCCCAUCUGUCUCUUGAGCUCUGCCAGCAUCUGCGGAGCCAUGAGUCAAACCAGAGAUGUCCAGGGAGGGAAGGCUUUUGGACAACUGAAGGCCCAGCAGGAAGAACAACUCGAAGAAAUCAACAAGCAAUUCCUGGAUGAUCCUAAAUACAGCAGUGAUGAGGAUCUUCCCUCCAAACUAGAAGUCUUCAAGCAGAAAUACAUGGAGUUUGACCUCAACGGAAAUGGAGACAUCGAUAUUAUGUCCCUGAAGCGAAUGCUGGAGAAACUUGGGGCCACCAAGACCCAUCUGGAGCUAAAGAAAUUAAUCCAGGAUGUGUCCAGCGGCUCUGGAGAAACGUUCAGCUACGCCGACUUCAUCAGAAUGAUGUUGGGCAAGAGAUCUGCACUCCUAAAAAUGAUCCUGAUGUUUGAGGAGAAAACGAAAGAACAGGAGAAACCAACAGGUCCUCCAGCCAAGAAAGCUAUCUCUGAAUUGCCUUGAUUUGGAGGG